GGCUGCCCAACGCGGGGAAGUCGUCGGUGCUGAACGCGGUGCUGGGCCGCAGCGCCGUCAGCGUCUCGCGGACCCCCGGGCGCACCCGCUACUUCCAGACCCACUUCCUGACCCCCACCGUCCGCCUCUGCGACUGCCCCGGCCUCGUCUUCCCCUCCCGCGCCCCCCGCGAGCUCCAGGUGCUGGCGGGGGUGUACCCCAUUUCUCAGCUGCAGGAGCCGUACUCGGCCGUGGGUUUCCUGGCCGCCCGCCUGCCUCUGCCCACCCUGCUCGGCCUGCGCCCUCCCAGCAACGCGGCGGGGUGGACGGCGUGGGACAUCUGCGAAGCGUGGGCGGAGAAGCGCGGUUACCGCACGGCCAAAGCGGCGCGGCACGACGUGUACCGCGCCGCCAACAGCAUCCUGCGCAUGGCGGCCGACGGGCGCCUCCGCCUCUGCCUGCGGCCCCCGGGAUACGGCGCCCACAGCG